CCCGGGAGCGAUGGAGCCGGUGGGAGCGGGAAGCUCUGAGCCCAGCUCUGGCCUGAGGUACCGGAGUUACCGGCGCCGGUGGUUCAUUUUGUUCGUCAGUAGCACCCUCAGCUGCUCCAAUGCUAUGUGCUGGUUGACUUUUGCGCCAGUUGCGGAUCAGACUGCCCAGUAUUUCCAUAUUUCCAUGGAUCAAGUCAACUGGUUAUCAAUGAUCUACCUCGUUGUUGGUGUUCCCUUUGGCUUUGGAACAACAUGGAUACUUGACAUGCUUGGACUUAAAACUUCAUUGAUCCUGAGCUCAUGGCUGAACUUGGCUGGUUGUGCAGUGCAACUCUUAAGUGUUGCUUUCUUCAUACCUCAAGAAAGCUGGAAAUUUCCUCUCCUGAUGGUGGGCCAGACUCUUGGUGCAUUGGCGCAGCCUUUGGUUCUCUUUUCUCCAACAAAAUUGGCUGCUAUUUGGUUUCCAGAACAACAGAGAGCAACAGCAAACAUGAUUUCAUCAAUGGCCAAUCCGUUGGGUAUUUUGUUUGCCAACAUACUUUCCCCUCUGUUGGUGAAGGAGCCGUCUUCAAUGCCAGUGUUGAUGGUAGUGUAUGCAGUCCCUGCAGUGAUUGCAUGUCUUCUUACGACAGUGGGGAUUCGUAAUAAGGUGCCUCCAACACCUCCAUCUGUUGGUGCAGCCAACUCUACCUCAGAGCCCUUUUUCACAGGAAUGAAGAUGUUAUUGAAGAACAAGGCGUACCUGAUCCUGAUGAUCUGUUUUGGGGGAGGGGUUGGUGUUUUUACAUCUUUCUCUGCACUCUUGCAACAGAUUGUUUGUGUCCGGGGAUAUUCAAAUACUUUUGCUGGAUUAUGUGGCGCCUUGUUUAUUGUAUUUGGAAUUUUGGGUGCAUUUGUGUUUGGCCUGUACGUGGACAAAACAAAGAAGUUUAUGGAAACCACCAAAAUUAAUUUUUGCUUGACAGCUUUUGCCAGUAUUGCUUUUGCGCUGGUUUCGCGAAUGAGAGACCAGCCUUAUGGACUGGCUGUGGUGUGUUCACUUUUUGGGCUCCUUGGGUUUUCCAUCUAUCCAGUGGGAAUGGAGCUUGGUGUCGAAUGUUCAUACCCUGUGGGGGAAGCAACCUCUGCUGGAUUAAUCUUCGUCUCUGGGCAACUCCAGGGGGCAUUAUUUAUUCUUCUGUUACCAGCAUUGGCUCGGCCAGUUACUAGUGACGGUUCUGCAUGUCAAGUUGGAGUGGGAGCAGCACUCGAUUGGACAGUUCCCACGUUGGUGUUGGCUGCUAUCUGUAGUUUGGAGGCUUGCUGCUUUGCACUCUUGUUCCAUACAGAGUAUAGGCGAGUCAGUGCUGAAGACAAUGAGGAUGCCUCUGCUCUUCUUCAUGGAACUGCGACUGAAUGACUGUACAUUUACAGGGACCAUGUCUGUUUUCAGGAGGCCAGAAAAGCCAUUUUAUUUUUAAAAUAUUUUGAGAUGUUUUAUAUUACAUAUCUAUCUGCUAUCUUCCUGUUUUUAAAGUAAAUGGACACUGAAGCACAACUUAAUUCCCAAUCAGUCUGUUUGCCAGGUAUUUUUUAUCUUUGAUUUUUCUAAUUUACCCUUUUUGCGUAUUUUUGAAUAUGUAAAAAAAAUUUUAAAAGAACAUUUAUUGUAACUAGGAGUGCCAGAUCUUACAGAUCAAUUAAUCAUUUUCAAUACUGUGAUUUGAGAGGAUUGAGUGCCCAGCUCCCAGUUUAAACAACUGUUCACAACUAUUGAUCAUAAUUGAUCACCCAGCAAUAUUGCAUUCUAAAAGAGGGUCGUGUAUCUAUCAUACCUGCCUAGCUGAGAGUGUUGCAUUCAGUUAUUCCUGUACACUCAUGAAAUACGGUUCAAUAGGAAGUCACUUUUUGAUUCAUAAAGCAGCAAAUGUGGAAGGACAAUUUUGGAAAGUGAUUAAUGAGCAGGAGAAACAAAUACAAAUUGUACUAAAUGAGCUAGUGGGGAAUGAAAAUAGGAAUUAGCAACUAGUGAAUUUUACAAGAAGACACCUCUGCUCACUCCUGUCAGUUUGUCAGAGAAUUCUGCAGCAGUGGGCACAAACUUCAGUUGUGUUGGAAAUGGGAGCAUAGUUUGGUAGCUGUGUUCUGAGCUCCUUUGUUGUCACUUAGAGCAUGGACCAAGCUGAUGGUUUAUAAGGCCUGUAUUCUCAGUACUUUGCUGCAUGGCUGUGAAACAGGAAAACUCAACGAUCAGGAAGCUCAAGAGAUUCUGUCUUUGCUGUCUGCAUGCAUUAUGGGUGCAUCAUGGCAGAUAAAUGUGGCAAUCUCCUCAAAGACAGAGCUCCCCAUUUUAUCAGCACAAAUCGAAGGUGGUUUUGGUGGAUCGGGCAAGUCCGGAGGAUGGGAGACGGUUGCAUACCAAAGGACCUUACUGUAUGGUGAAGUAGCCGGAGCUGGAUGACCAGUGGGACGCCCAAAGCUCUGCUUCAAGGAUGCUUGCAAAUGUGACAUGAAGGCCCCAAACAUCGACUGUGGCACCUAGGAGUUACCACCUGGUGAGAGAGGGCAAUGGCAACGCCACCUGUGGGCUGGAAUGAUUUACCGCAAUGACCCCCAGUGGUUACAGCAGCUUGGUGACAGGCGCCAAUGCCAAAAGCAACAGCCCAAAAUGUCACCUGUGGCAGAACUUGCCUCUGGAGGAUUGGCCUGUUCAGCCAUCAGCAAAGGUAGACCACAUGAAGAUCCCCCCACUGAAAUGGAUUGUUUGCUGCAUGCCUAAUGUCAUAUGUAUAUAUCAUUGGAAAAUAUUUUUCUUUUAAAAUAGAGGUUUAGUCUGUGGGUGUGUCUUAAUUGGAUUAAAGCCAGCUGGUCUGGGUGCUUUGAUGUGCACUAGUUUUGAAAUGUAAGAGAGGGUAGAGGGCAUUUGCAUUCUUUUUGAAUAGAGUAUUCAAGAAGUGGGGUGAAUUCUGGCACCUAGCCAGCAGAGACCAAGCAAUAUGUUUAUAUUGCUAAUAAAAUUUGUACUAUGGAAGGGGUUUUAUAGUUAGAGGCUGGUGAUACAAAGAGAAUUUACAUUCAAUGAGCUGUGCUAGGUAUAACUUCAGUUUUGUGUGUGCAGGGCAGAGGCAAUGUAAGAUCAAAGCAGCUGUAAGCCUCCAACUGUCUCUACAGGAACCAGAGUUCCUAAUUUUCAAUUCAUAAAGUGAAAAUGCUUUGCCUGGUGUUUGGUUAAGUCUAUGGGUUGCUAUUGCCUUAAUGGAGAUUAGUUCGGGAAUUUGUUAAAAGUUAUGAUAGUAAUUUGUAGCUAUGUGUAUAUAUUUAAUUUGUGUAAAUUAGUAAAGUGUUUCAUUUAGCAUAAUAUAAAACCUCUUGAGAACUGUUGGCAUGAUUCCUGAAUCUCAAACAUAACACUUAAAAUUAUAGGUUAUGACAGUUGUUUAAAGUUUCCCUCUGGGAUUUUUAAAAAAAUAACUCCGCAUUACCAACUGCUUGGUCAUAACAUCUAUCGUCUCUUGUAGAUGGAAGGAUGCCAACAAGAGGAUGGAAAACACCUUGAAGGUGUAUUGUGCUGACUUUCAUGCCUCUUAAUUCUGUUAAACAUUUUAUAGAGUGUGAGAGAGACCAAAGCUGAAGGCUUCCUGAGUAGAAGUGUGAAGGUCAGAGUGAGUGAUGAAGUGGAACCAUCCUGGACUACAGGACAAGCCCUGCUUCCCUCAACAGGAAUCUCACAUGUUGGCCCCAUUGAAUAUAGUCAUUGAAAAAUGCUUGGUCAAAGAAUUCAAGGAUCUGGUCAUGUCAUAAGCAAGGGUCCAGCACAAACAGUGAAUUUUACCUUUCCUUUUGAGGGCACCUAACAAACAUCCUGCUUGUUCAUUUGUAAUUUGUUGGAUUAGUUGCUGGAGCUUUUGCUUCUACAUUGGAACUUUCUGGAGACUGCAUUUGUCAGCUUGGCUCAGCUGCUAACAUUUGUUUCUGAGCCAGAGGUGCUGGGUUCAAACUGCAGCCUAGGGUUUGAGCACAAAAUUGUGACUGAAGAGUGAAAGAGAUGUUAUCAGCUCCUUGGGACGAGGUGUUACAUCAAGACCCCAUCAUUUUUCUCAGUAUUCCUCCAUGAAUUGCCACCAAAAUGUAUUCAUUCAUUUUGUUUUUGUUUAAGAUUUUGCACUUUGCAGGAUAGCUGCUACACAGUAACAGAGAAACUGUACUUCAACGUAAUUUAUUGUUAACAGUUUGUGAUAAGGUGCAAUAUAAGUGCAAGUUCUUUAUAGGGCUGUGGGGGAGUUUGUAGUUUUAAUUGUGCCUCUCUUCUGACUAAAUGCUGUUGGCCAACGACCAAUGGGAUAAAUCGCAGUCUUUUGGAUAUAGUUAGAAGGAUAUGGGACUAUAAUGUUAUUGCUAUUACAGAGACUUGGUUGAAGGAUGGACAGGAUUGGCAGAUAAACGUUCCAGGAUUUAGAUGUUUCAGGCAGGAUAGAGAGGGAUGUAGAAGAGGUG